AUGUGUGGAGAGACGGUACCAUUCCACAAAGAGGGAACCCCCAGCCAUUCCAAACCUCUCCUCAGGGACCCCAGCCGUUCCAAACCUCUCCUUAGGAACCCCAGCCGUUCCAAACCUCCCCUCAAGGACCCCAGCCGUUCCAAACCUCUCCUUAGGAACCCCAGCCGUUCCAAACCUCUCCUUAGGAACCCCAGCCGUUCCAAACCUCUCCUUAGGAACCCCAGCCGUUCCAAACCUCUCCUCAGGGACCCCAGCCGUUCCAAACCUCUCCUUAGGAACCCCAGCCGUUCCAAACCUCUCCUCAGGAACCCCAGCUGUUCCAAACCUCUCCUUAGGAACCCCAGCCGUUCCAAACCUCCCCUCAGGGACCCCAGCCGUUCCAAACCUCUCCUUAGGAACCCCAGCCGUUCCAAACCUCUCCUCAGGGACCCCAGCCGUUCCAAAACCUCUCCUUAG